AUGCAGCUCAAGAACUCCAUGAUCCUUGCAACCGCCUUGACGGCUGGUUCGGCCGUUGCCCGCAUGCACGGCCAUGAGCGUCGCCAUGCUCAUAAGGCCCACGAGGAGAAGCGCGCUGUCGGCGACAUCGUCACUGCCGUCAUUGACGGAAAGGUCGUCUCUUGGACCAACGAGUACGCUGGCGGUGCUGCCGCUACUGCCACCGCCGAUGUCAAUGUGAACGUCGCUGCUGCUCUCACUGUUGCCGACGCCACGACCACUGCCACCGCUUCUGCUACUUCCACCUCCACCAGCACCUCGGACUCUUCUGACGACGACGAGACCGUCUCAUCCGCCUCUGGAACUUGCUCCAACUGGCACGAUACCUCCGACUCCUACUCUCGCAGCGGCUUUGGCGAGGCCACCGUGGCCAACCUCCUCGAGUACAUCUGGUACAAGGGCAACGUCGGCAACCCAUGGGGCAGCAACAUCAUCGAGGUCGAUGAGGACAAGGCCUGCAAGUACAAGUACGUCGUGCAGUUUAACGGUGCCAAGUCCGACGCCUGGACCAUCGUCUUCUGGAACAAGUUUGGUCCCGACGGCAAGCUCACCGGCUGGUACGGUAACUCUGCUCUCAGCCUCACCAUCAACCCCGGCGAGACCAAGUACGUCGCCUUUGACGAGGACACCCAGGGUGCCUGGGGUGCUGCCAAGGGAACUGCCCUCCCUGUCGACGAGUACGGUGGAUACUCUUGCACCUGGGGUGAAAUUGACUUCGGUAACUCUGGCAACGACGGCUGGUCUGGCUGGGAUGUCUCUGCCAUCCAGGUUCAGAUGGCCAAGCAGGAAGUCCAGGGCAUGAAGAUCUGCUCCCACACCGGCGACGGCUGCUCCUACAUCACCAACCUCGCUACCAAGAUGCACAAUGCUUACUCCAAGGCCGAGGAGGGUGUUGACGGUAUCGGCGGUAACAGCGUUGCCGGCCCCGUCCGUCUCGUCGUUGACAUCGACUACUCCGAAUAA